AUGCGUAGGCUAAUGUUAGAAAAUGAAAGGAAAUUUGUUCGUCGUAUUUGGAAAAGUUUUAAAAUUGGUAUUUGUAACUCAAGAAAAAACAGCUACGACAAAGCAGAAUUAUCACAAUCAUUUAACAAAAACUCUUUUAACAGUGACAUUGAGUUGAAUUUAGGAUUAGAAGGAAAAAGUAUGAAUAAAAAUGGAAAUGGAGAAAAAGUAUUAUUGCAACCAAAAAAAAUUUUUUUUGUUAUUUUGUUACAAAUAUUAGCUAGUUUUUUAAAUUGGAUAGCAUUAGCAUAUAUUCAUGAUCUUAGUGGAAGAACAGCAUUACCAGAUAUAAUUUUUUCAUUUAUACCAGAAAUAAGAUGGGCAUUAAAAAUUGGAGAUUUUAUGGUAACAAUAUGUCUUAGUUCAAUAAUUUUUUUAUUCAUAUUUCAUAAACAUCGCAUUAUUUUAAUACAAAGAAUUCUUUUUAUUGUAUCAAGUUUAUAUAUAAUGAGAGCUCUUUCUUUAAUUUGUACUCAAUUACCUUCUGGUUAUUAUGAUAAUUAUAGUAGUUGUCAAUCUCAAAUAUCUCCAGAAGAAAGAACUUUAGAAAUAUUUAUUAAACGUGUUAUGGGACAAGCUAUUGCUAUUGGUUUUCAAGAUAAUGAAACAAAAAUGUUAUGUGGGGAUAUGUUAUUUAGUGGUCAUUCUUUAAUUAUGAUGACAGGUGUUUUAUCUGUUUCAUACUAUUCACCUAAUAAAUAUAAAUUUAUAAAAUAUAUUGUUGGUUUAUGUGCUAUUAUUGGUAUGAUUAGUAUGAUUAUUAGCAGAGUACAUUACACAGUUGAUGUUCUAUUUGCCUAUUGGCUUACAACUGGACUAUUUACAUUAUACCAUUCAUAUUGUGAAAUAGAAACAUAUCGUGAAAGAAAAAAUUCAGUAAUUGGAAAAUUGUGGAUAUCUAAAAUAAUUGGAUGGUUAGAAGAAAAUAUUCCUUCUGGAAACAUAAAUAAUGAAUUUGAAAUACCAUUUAUUAAAAAAUAUAAUAAAACAAGCCACAGCAAAAAUUCGUUAGCUGCUGAAAAAUAUGGGAAAAUAAAUACUGAUUCAACGAGUAAAACAUCAUCUUCAUCUAUUAUGAAAGAAGUUUGA